UAGGAGGGGUUAACAGGUUAAUCGUGGUGAUUAAUGUGAAGUUAUCUAGUGUGAAGUGGACAGAAGGAGAUACACAAGCCAUACACAAGCACCGAAGCAGGAUAGACUGUCUUGACUGGACAGUUACUCUUACUGGAAUUUUGUUUGCUCUACUGGGUGUGGUACUGGAUGCUACUUCUUCCUCAUGGAUGACUGAGAGUGGGACCAGAAAUCCUGUCAUGUGGCAGAAAAUAAGUGGGUGGAGAACUCACUGCCUGUAUGCGUAACUCAGGAUUUAAUGUUUUGGCGUCUGCACUUUUGUUGCGAAUUGUGGAUUAAGAGCAAGUAGACAUUACAAAAUCCAACAUGGAAAAGAACGAAGAGGCUAAAAAGAAAGUAAAGGCGGGAUAAAGGGAGCAAGCUGCAUGCUGGCACUAUUUGGAAUGUCGUUGCGGAAUGUUUUUCUUCCAUUUCUUCAGCUCUCCUGUAAUGAGAGUCUUGAGAACAACAUCUUUGGUUUUUAAUGCACAUUUUUCUGGCAUCCAUGAUUCUGGAAACUUGAUGUAAGGACAACAUAUUACCAAAAAAAAGACAUUAGACUUAAACCAACCUCAAAUUAUUUUAGUAAAAUGGAACAGUUUUUCAAUCCAGUAGAAGGCAAUAAAUGGAACUUACUCAAUGGUUGUUCAACAAGGGCUGGAAAUUCAAGUUUUGGUGAAUGGACUUGGGAAGGCUAGUGGAACGAAUGUUGAAUUUUUGUUACUGUAAACAUAGACACAUGAAUUUUAACUAUAGUUUGAAUUUUGACUUUGUUUUUGGUUUUAAUCACUUGUGAAAUAUGCUUGUUUGAAUACAGACUAAAUUUGAUCUUAAAGAGACUGUAAAACAUACCGGAAGGAAAUGGAGAGUAAGCCCGUCAAUACGUUUCUUGACAAAUUAACAAACCUUUUUACUCACCAUGAAAAACAUGAACUCCAAACACUGACUGAGGAGAGUCCAGAUGUGACUUCUUUUUGCUCUUUGACAGAAGAAGGACUUAAUGGUCAACAAAAAGGUGUUCAAAGGCAGGAUGGUUUCGAUAAUCAAGGGGAGGAUUUUGCUAUAAUUGUUAAGAUUUUACAUACAAAUGCUGAGGAAGACAGGACAAAGGACCAAAUCAACAGAUCAGAGCAUCAGAAUGUUAAUGAAAUAGAUUUUUCUUCAGAAAAGGAGGAAGUGGACUUAGACCUCAAUGUUAUGCACCAGAGAGAUCAUUACAAUAAAACAUCAGUAGUGCGCCAGACUGACCAGGAUGUAACAGAUGGUCAAGCUGACACACCGUCUAAAUCACUUAGCGACGUCUCAGCCUGUGACAGUGCUAACAGACUGGACAAACAACUUGAGGAUCCAGCAAUCGGUACAGUGGAUAAUACAGAACCUGUUUUCAGAGAAGGAUCUUUAGACGGUGAUCAAGAGUUUGUUUCAAAAAGCAAUAGUAAGGAAACGGUUGUUAUGGAAUUAGAUAUCUCCAGCAAUGAGGAGCUGUUUGUUGAGGAAGAACCAUUGAAGGACAAAGUCUGUCAGGACGUCCCUACAGACACUCAAAGCAGAAAUAAUCUGACUGAAUUUUUAAUAACAGAUUCUUUGAAUUCAUCCACAAAUAACAAUAAUGACAUUUCAAUGCAAAGUCACCAGGAAGUAUCUGCUUCUGAGAGCAAAAUAGAGUCUGAUGGAAAUCUUCAAAACACUGCAGAUGUUCCAGAGGUAGCCAAAGCUGAUGUAAAUGAACAAAUUCUGACUAACUACAGGGCAUCUACAAACAUGGACAUUCAGGCCACAUUAGCACAUUGUGAAGUUCAUAGUCUCACUGAUAAAAAGGUUCUUUCCUCAAACUCACCUUUGAACGCCAAAACCGUGGUCAUCACCCUUACACGUGUUGAAGCUUUUUCUGCAGGAUCGUGUGAUGAUACUGAAAAGAUCCAUCUGAAAGAUGAAACUGCAGGUAGUCAAGCUAUAUUCAAUGGAAGCAGCACAAGUUCAGACAGCAAUUUUGUGGAGAUCCAUCCACCUACCUCAAGUCAGGAGAACCAAAUAAGACAUUUUGAGACUGGAGGUGUGAUUUUAGAAUGUUCUGACCUCUGUGACACUGAAGAACAAAGUUCCAGUUUGUCUGAGCUAGAUAAUAAGACUAAUUCAGAACCAGAACCAGUUCCUUCAGUCAUCCAGGUGGAGACGAAAAUGCAUACCGAGGGAGAAAUGAAGAGAAAUGAGGACGGAAUAAUACAAGACACUGUGUUAGAUACAGAUUCAUCUUCCACUGAGAAGACCACAGAAGACCAAACCGUACUCUCCCCCACUACAGUAAAAGAGAAACCGCUCCAACUGUCGUCCCUCUUCACUGGGCUGCUCAGCCCCAAAAAAGAAGCACUUGAGGAAAAAGAAACUACAGAGCAGUCCCAAAUCCCUGCCAAACGAGGACUUUUUAGCGAUCAGUCUAACAAGAAAGAAGUCAAGGGAGACUUCCUGGAACAGCUUACCCAAUUCCUCAGCAAGGGGGAAGGGAAGAGAAAGCAAGAGAGCAUGUCAAGCCCCCCACUGUCUCCAAUCGGUCAGGAACCUGCAGAAAAGCCAGAAACAAAUGUAGAGGAGCCGGUCAUUUCCCAUUCUGAAGAAACAAACAAAUCUGCAAAUGCAGAGACAGCCUUAGGUGCAUUGAAGGCUUUCUUCACAGUUAAAACUGCCAAGAAGGAGACUUCAAAUCGCAUGGACCUGGACACUGUAAAGAAGAAGAUCAACAGGGACAAAGAUGUUCUCAGAGCUUUCUUUGACAGGAACUCAAGCAAGUCUCCAGACAACAAAGAAACUACGGAUUCUAAAACUGAAGUGAGUGAAGAGCACACCCCAAAGCGACUUCAGACUGUCUGGCCUCCACCAAAACCGAAAAACGAGGAGGAGAAGAUUGGUCUAAAAUACACGGAAGCUGAGCAUCAGGCUGCUCUUCUGCAGCUAAAAAGAGAAUGUAAUAAAGAGGUGGAGAAGUUACAGGCCGACUUCAAACUUGAGCUCUUCCGGUUACAAAAGAAAAACGAAGAGGAUCUGUCCAGACUAGCAGCAACCAUUGCAAGCUUACAAAGAGAGAAAGACAAAGAUCUUCACAGAGAUCACAGAGACGUUGCCGUAUCCACUGAAGACAACAUCAAAACACGCACCUUCAACUCUGUAUGCAUUCAGACAGACCGAGAGACAUUCAUCAGGUCUGAGGAGGCCAAGGAAGCACAGAGCAGGAGUCUUGACCCCCUGCCUAAAAAUGCUGACGUCAACUCAACAAAAAACUUUACUAGCAGACAAAAGACUGCCCCACCUGUAUCACCUCAGUUACAGGUGGAUAGAAACAAGAUUCCACCUCCUCCUCCUCCUCCUCCUCCUCCUCCUCCUCCUGGCCCUUGUACUCCUAAUGUACCUCCACUUCCUGCUCUGCCACUGGAUAAUCCAGGAAGUGUGCCUCCUCCACCUCCUCCGCCACCUCCACCCAUGACAGGAUGUGGUCUUCCACCGCCACCACCCCUCCACUCUACCUCUAAUCCCCCUUUUGGAGUUGGUAUCUUCCUCAGUACAGCAGAAGACAAUCCUCCUCGCAAACCUUCAGUGGAGCCAGUCUGUCCAAUGAAACCGCUCUACUGGACACGAAUACAGAUUCAAGAUAACAGGAAUGAUAUGCUAUGGAGUUCCCUGGAAGAGCCACAGAUAAUAAACACCAAUGAGUUUGCGGAACUGUUUGCUAAAGCCACAUCGCCCACCAAAAGAAAGCCCCUAUCCGAAGCCUAUGAGAAGAAAACCAAAGCCAGGAAGGUCAUUAAAUUACUGGAUGGCAAGCGCUCUCAGGCUGUGGGCAUCUUAAUCUCAAGUCUCCACCUAGAGAUGAAGGACAUCCAGCAAGCUGUUUUGAAUCUGGACAAUUCUGUGGUUGACUUGGAUGCUAUUGAAGCCAUGUAUGAAAAUAGAGCUCAGCCUGAGGAGUUAGAGAAGAUUAAGAAACACUAUGAAACCUCAGACGAGGAGCAGGUCAAACUACUGGACAAGCCUGAACAGUUCCUAUAUGAACUCUCCCAGAUCCCUGAGUUCUCCAGUCGAGUUCACUGUUUCAUUUUUCAGUCGAAGUUCACUGACGCCGUUGCCUCCAUACAGCGCAAGACCGAGAUUAUUCUCCACGUCUGCAAGUAUCUGUUGGAGAAUGAUAGUGUGAAGGAGGUGAUGGGACUGGUGCUUGCUCUGGGAAACUACAUGAAUGGAGGGAGCAGAGCUCGAGGACAGGCCGACGGCUUUGGGCUUGAGAUUCUUCCCAAGCUUAAAGAUGUCAAGAGCAGGGAAAAUCAAAUUAGUCUGUUGGACUACAUUGUUUCCUAUUAUCUGCGUCAUUUUGAUGAGAAUGCUGGGACAGAAAAGAGCAUCUUUCCUUUGCCUGAACCUCAAGAUGUUUUCCUUUCCUCCCAAGUGAAGUUUGAUGACCUUUCAAAGGAUCUCAGGAAGAUGAACAGAGACUUGACAGUUUGUGAAAAGGAAGUUCAAACCGUGUGUACCAACUCUUCUCAAGAGCACAUACAUCCCUUCAAGGAGAAAAUGGACUUUUUCAUUGCCAACGCACAAAAAGAGCUAAUUGCUGUGGAACACCAAGUGAUAUCGGCACAUAAAAGCUUCUCUUACCUAGUGGAGUACUUUGGGCUGAAGUCACGUUCCGUGGAGCAGGACACUGUGCCAGGCCAUGUUUUCACACUUUGGUUUGAAUUUUGCAAUGAUUUCAAGAUCAGAUGGAAGAGAGAGAACAAGGUCAUAUCCAAACAGAGAAUCAAAGAGGCUCAACAAUCUGUGCGCAACAUGACAGCAGAGAAAAAGAUUGAGACCAGAAGGGCCAAUGCAAAUGGACUGAAAGAGAGACUGCGUCUGAAAGAAGCAAGUCUGACUACCAGCUAACCAUCUCUGGCAUUUCCAAAGAGAACCAUAUAUAUACAGAAAUAUUCAAGACCCAGGCACUUGCAUUGUUGGAAGGGUCAAAAUGAAGUUCACCUGCUUGUGUGACACUUUUUCUCCAGACUGCAUGUGUUACUGUACAGGAUGAUAGCCUGUCCAUCAUAUUACUGGAUCCUAUGUGCAGCCCAACAACCUAUCACUCACUUGCACAUUUAUGAUCCAAAGAUCCCUUUGAUUAUGGUUAAGAUAUGAAUGAAUGAUGUUCAAAGUGAGAAACAUUUAAGAAAUGUUUAUAUUACAAGUUUACUCCAUCUGCUAUUCCAAUUAAGCAUUCAAACAUGUUGAAAACAGCAAUCUCAAUAUCCGACUUGGAAAAAGCAGUAACUUUAUUUUGUAUAUUGAGUAACAAAAUUGUGUAAUUUUUUAUUGUCAUAUUAAAUCAUUACAGAAUAUUACAAAACAUAAAGAUAAUGUACAUGUAAAAUAAUAUCCUUAUCAGUUUUAUUUUGAACAACAUCACCCAUUUUUAUUGAUGACAGCCAUCUUGCUUCAUCACAUCCCAUUGCCGUUUAAUCACAGUAAUCGUGUUCCUUUUGCAAUAAACGCAUUACUGUAAAACGUUUUCAUUGUUAUAAAAACAAUUAUUUCCAUCCA